GGGACCGAAGAAAAAAGAGGAACGGCUGGCGCCAUGCGUCCCCGCUGGGCUGAUACUCGUUUUUGGGCCAACCUAGAAGUUAAUAGACAAUAUGCGGUAAAGCACGGGAGUUAUUUUGUAACUACGGAUAUACAUGAAGAGUGAGCAACAAAGUGCGUGUGAUGUUAUUGUUUGGCGGCGGGGCGAAGGCGGACAUACCAUUCUCGCUAGCGCUAGCGUCGUUAAGGUGGACACUCCAAACUUGCAUGGUAGCAGUGGGGCAAGGAAAGCGGUGAAUUUAAAGGGAAAGAGCUCUCUGGACAGUUAAACCUUCGCUAUGGAAAAGGGAAGCUCCCAGGAGGGAAGCUCCAAGGAGGAAACCGCGGCCGAUCUGGACCGGGACCGCCAAUACUGUGAACUUUGUGGUAAAAUGGAGAACCUCUUGAAGUGCGGCCGGUGUCGAAAUUCUUUCUACUGUAGCAAGGAGCACCAGAUACAGGACUGGACCAAGCAUAAGCGAGUAUGCAAGAAGGAAUCCGAUAAAUCUCAGUGUCCGGCGCAGCCCGGACCAGCGCAAUCCGGACCAGCGCAAUCCGAACCAGCGCAGCCCGAACCAACGCAGCCGCCCCGGCAAGCGAAAGAGGAACAGCCGCGGCUGUCGCGAAAGAACAGUGCCAAGCAGAGCAACGCGGCUACGCAGAGCACCUCACAAACGGGCCCUACCAACCCACCGUCCGACGGUGAAAGAAUGAAAGAUUUUAUCACUUCAGCGGCGGGCUCGGGUGGUGUAGACGACGACAAACAAGCGGGGGACGGAAUUACCAACAACACCAAGCCCAACGGACAAACGAGGUCCCCCCCGCAAAGACUGGCUAUGGAAUAUAUAGUUCCAUGUAUGAACAAGCAUGGCAUUUGCGUCGUUGACAACUUUCUCGGCGAAGAGACUGGUCUAAAUAUUCUAGAGGAUGUGAAAGCCUUGCACGAGAGCGGAAAAUUUACCGACGGUCAGCUUGUCAGUCAGAAAAGUGAUUCUUCCAAAGACAUAAGAGGGGACAAAAUUACUUGGAUUGAGGGAAGAGAAGCCGGCUGCGAGAAAAUAGCUUUUCUGAUGAGUAGAAUGGACGACCUAGUCCGACACUGUAAUGGUAACCUGGGGAACUACAAAAUAAACGGACGGACGAAGGCGAUGGUGGCCUGUUACCCAGGCAACGGGACUGGGUACGUGCGGCACGUGGACAACCCGAAUGGCGACGGUCGCUGCGUCACCUGUAUUUAUUACCUGAACAAGGACUGGGACGCUAAGGACCACGGAGGCCUACUGCGGAUCUUUCCAGAAGGUAAAGCACAGUUUGCGGACAUCGAGCCCAAAUUCGACAGGCUCCUGUUUUUCUGGUCCGACCGACGGAACCCCCAUGAAGUCCAGCCCGCCUACGCCACCAGGUAUGCCAUCACGGUUUGGUAUUUUGAUGCCGACGAACGGGCUCGAGCUAAAGAGAAAUACCUUACAGGUGCAGGAGAAAAGGGAGUGAAGGUGGAGUUGAACAAGCCGUCGGAACCCAGCUAACGAGCAACGGGAGGAUGCUAUGGACGGGGGAGGACCUAUCACACACACACACACACACACACACACACACACACACCCUACACACACACCCUACACACACACACACACACACACACACACACACAGAGAGACAGACCCCUUACACACCGUUACUUCCUGCCGCUCACGAAGGACAUGGGGAGAAGAGGAGAGGAGAGGAGAGGAGAGGAAAGUAGGGUAAGAUGGAGGAGGGGAUGGACGAAAGACUAUUGAUGAUAUUUUUUUAUUAUUUUUUAUUUUUUUUUGUCAAACCCUCAUCUGUUCCCUACUGUCAGCAAGCUAAAUUUUUUUUGUUUCACUUUUUGUUCGAUUGUCCGUUCGUUGGCUUGGACUAACAACAGAAAUGCUCUUGGGACCUUCACCACCUCAUUUUCAAGGACAAGGCUUACCGCUGUGCUUUUUUUUUGAGGGGGGGGGGGGUUGUUUUUGGUUUCCCCCUCUCUAUAGUUCUGCUUCUCAGGUGAAGAACAUGGCCGGAGAGUGGCCCUGGACAACAUUGUGCAUGUAACGCAUAUGCGAAUGUGUGCGUUUGUGCACCCAUCACAGUGUACGUAUAUAUCCAUACUUGCUUAUCUCACAGGAAUCGACUAAGGAAUCUCGUAUGAUACGAGUUAGUGGCUGAGAGCACAAGCCUCACUUACGGUUUAUUCAACUCCACCAGAUGCACUGUCCACUUGUCCAUUUCAGACCUAAAACCUCCCUCCCUCCCUCCCUCCCUUGCGCUCUCGUCUUUCCUUCCCUGGACUUUCUCCAUCCUUCUCCUGUCAUUUGCCCUCUCAAAAUCCCUUUACCGCCACUCUCAGACUCUCCGACACUCUGGCUGUCUCAUCUUUGCCAGUCUUGUUUUUUUUUUUUUUGCUAUUUUUUUUUUUGCCAACCCUGCUAUCUCCUCCUCUCUUCCCCUAUGUGCUGCAGGCUGUUUUCUGGAACGUGUUUCUGAUGAAAAGGUACCGUUUGACGUUUCGUAAGGCUUGCCAACUGUGGCACCUUUGUCACAUGUGCAAAAGGUUUUCCCCCUACACACACAAUCACACACACACACACACACACACACACACACACUCACUCACACACUCACUCACUCACUCACUCACUCACUCACACACACACACACACACACACACACACACACACACACACACACACACACACACACACACACACACACACACACACACACACACACACACCUAUGCUUACACAUACACCCUCCCCCGUGCACGUAUCUGUGCACACAACACACACCUGAACCGAAACACUCUCUGCACCUGAAGUUGUUGUGACGAGUUGAGUUUCUCGCAUGUUCCAUUUUUCUUUCUUUCUUUCAUUUAGCGGAACAAGUGCUUUUUCCUUUCACAAUUGCAAACUGCGUGGGGAGUUUUGUCUGUCAUCUCUUCUCUCUAUAUUUUUUUUCUGUUCUUUCUCUCGGCUUUUGACUUUUUGUUUUGUUGUUUUGUUUGUUUUUGCCUGAGUGGCGGCGUUACUGGAGCUUCCCUGCCAGUGAUCAGAGAAUCUCGUGUCUGUUGUUGCAGACGUAAUGUCUCCGUUGUCUUAAAAGAAAGUACCGGAAAACCAAAACUGACGACAUCUACCUGCCUUGCAGCUCUGGAUUUUAAGGAAAAAAAAAAAUAAACAUUUGCAGGGUUUGUAAUGUGCA